GCACAGAAUAAAUAACUUACAGCCGCACUUUCCCACUUACUGCCAUUCAUUAGCAGCUUCUGCACAGGGUACUUGUUAAACUAUCACUACAGCAGCCUCUAAACUCCUCAUUAAGAGCUGGGACCCUUGAGAUUUGCCCAUGAUUUUGCCCAUAUACCUGACUUUGGCUACUAUCACUAUAUUUUGCUAUUUUUCUGACAUUGGAUACAGUCACAGGCAGCUGCGUAUAGUUGCAAGUUAGUUGUAAAGAGAUUUUUUUUUAUUUUUUGAGCAAUUUUGCUCAGUUUGGCAAUCUGGGGUUAUCCAUUGAUGAAAUGAUGACUGCCAAAGCUGUAGAGAAAAUCCCAGUAACUCUUGGAGGAUUUGUGCACCAGAUCCCAGAUGGCAUUUAUCAUGAUGAGUCUACCUUACCCACAUCGGUUACUAUCUUCCCUAAUGUCGAUCUGGGAGGACCAUUUGACCAGAUGGGUCGUAUGACUGGAGAUGGAAUGAUCAAUGUGGAUAUGAGCAGUGAGAAGAGGUCACUGGAUCUGCCUUACUCCAGCUACCCGUCUGCUCCUCGCAACCAGACUUUCACCUAUAUGGGCAAAUUCUCCAUUGACCCCCAGUACCCCGGGGCCAGCUGGAAUCCGGAGGGUUUCUUUAACAUUGUCAGUGCUGGCAUCCUAGGGGUCACGCCUUCUUCAUCCUCAUCUACAACUUCUUCCAGCGGCUCCUCUGUGUCCCCCAACCCUCUCCCCAACAGUCUGAGUUGCAGCAUGGCCCACAGCCAGAGUGACCUGGAGCAUAUGUACUCCCCACCGCCCUACUCCAGUUGUGCGGAGAUCACCGGGUAUCAAGACAGCUCAGCCUUCCUCAGCACCUCCACGGGCACCACGCUGUCCUACCCACCUCCUUCUUACCCUUCCCCCAAGGCAGCCUCUGAUGGCACCAUAUUCAACAUGAUCCCGGACUACCCAACUCUCUUCCCACCCCAGUGCCAAAGAGACUUGCACUCUAUGACUGAGAGCAAACCCUUUCCUUGCCACCUGGACUCUGGCAUCAGGGUGCCCCCACCUCUCACCCCUCUCUCCACCAUUAGCAAAUACAACCUGGGAGGCACCAAUCAUGAAGGACUGCGAAUGCCCAGCGCCUAUAGCCCCCAGAAUCUGCCCCUGCGACCCAUCCUCAGACCCAGAAAAUACCCCAACCGCCCCAGCAAGACUCCAGUCCAUGAGAGACCAUACCCCUGCCCGGCUGAAGGGUGCGACCGCCGCUUCUCCCGUUCCGAUGAGCUGACCCGGCAUAUCCGCAUCCACACCGGCCACAAGCCCUUCCAGUGCCGUAUCUGCAUGAGGAACUUUAGUCGCAGCGACCACCUGACCACACACAUCCGCACCCACACUGGGGAAAAGCCCUUCGCCUGUGACUACUGCGGUAGAAAGUUUGCGCGCAGUGACGAACGCAAGAGGCACACCAAGAUCCACUUGCGGCAGAAAGAGAGGAAGAGCUCGGCCGCGACCGGCGGAGCCACCGCGGUAACUACCGGUGGCGCAGUGCAUGAACGCCCCCUUAGCCUCAGUCCUUGCUCUGCGGGCUCUGCCAGCGGCCAGAUGGGACAGUGUCCCAAUAGGACAUCCUAAAAUCGUACAGACACGGGACAAGGUGUGUAAUGGAAUAAUAGAUAGCACUGCCAUUCCGGGGCCAAUGCCAGUAUACACAGACUUACGGCAGCAUUUGGUCCUAAGUGGAGAGGAUGCUGGCUCAGGUACUGCCCAAAGACUUCUGCUAUUGUAAAUUUGAGGCAGAGACGUGAUUGUUGAAUGUUAAUCUCAGCAGGGAGGCCAGGGGUAUACUUUGUGCUACAGAGGGUAGGUGUCCUGUGUUACAGUGACUCAGUGGGGGCACUGCCAGCUCUGACACCUGUUGGACUUCCCAUCGGUACAGACUAGCACUACAGCUCAGACACAAUACAGGGAAGUGGGAAAAAGUACAACAAAGCCAACUACAAAUAAUAAGAACAAUAAUAAUAGUUUAAUAAUAAUACUACUACAGUAUUAAUAAUAAAAUACCAUUGAAUCCCAGAUAUAAUCAGUCAGGAGGUCAAGUUUUGCAAUGCAUGAUCUCCACUUAAAUGUUUCUUCUAAACAAUGGUGUGUAAUGUUUGCAUUCAUCCCAUGUAACGUUUGUUAUACUUUCUACUAACUAUAGUUUCUUGUGUGAGUUUUAUAAUGUUUUACAUUCAGGAAAAGAGUGACAUGGUAACUUUGAGAGGUGUCUCAUUUACCCUGGAACACCAGAAGUAGCCAUGUACCUCCUGCACUUUAUCCUCAUCAUAACUGCUCUGGGCAGGCGGUGUGAUAUGAAAGGGUUACCCUUGGAUCUCCAGCCUUAUAUGUUACUUUUUUUCUCUAGUCAAUGAACCAAUACAGUGUGACAGCACAAGGGGCCGCAUCAAGGGUUGGCACCUCCGUAUCUCAUAUCUCCCAACAUGACCCUCUCCAGGAGGGACAGAAUGCUCUGUUCCUGGACUUUUCACCUAAUGUAUGAUUGCCAUCACCUGUGCUGAACAGGUUAAUGGAUAAGAACGGUGUUCCACCACAGGUGAGAGCAAUCAUACAUUAGGAGAAAAGUCCAGAAACAGAGUAUUCUGUCCCUCCUGGAGAGGGUGAUGUUGGGAGGUAUGGUGUCUCUUACACAAACCCGGAGGACUGCUUUUAUCCACAUUACACCUGCACUGUAUUGUUGAACUUGCACUGUGUUUUCAGAGCUCUCACCAUUGGAAAAAAAAGGGUACAAUUUGUGAUUUAUGUUAUGUCAGAGGCCAAUAGGUUAAUUUAUUUAAUGAGUGUAAAUAAAUGCUAUAUGUUAGGCAGCAUGAAUUUGUCUCAAGCAGUGUUUUGGUGCCUUGUAUAAUGUAGUCAGACAGUGCCUGCAUGUAUAUACAGGUUGCCUUAUCAAUGAGGAGAAUGGUCCCAUACCACUUAUAUAGCAGAGCUGUACAUUACUGCCAGUUAAUAUUUGGGAAUUUUCUAGAAUCUAUAUUUUUGUACGCACUGUUUUGUGGCUCAGACGUGUUAACUUUGUAGUACAGAUUUUAAAGUUAAAAUAAAAAAAAUGUACAGGCAAAAUCAUAUUGUUGGGACUGAAUGGUGUCAAAUAACUCAAAGGGGGAUAUUUAUUUGUUUGAAACAUCAGUUGGGUGUCUGUUUUUUCCUAUCUAAUAGACAAGAAAAAACAGACACCCAACCGACUUUUCAAACAUUUGAAUUUCCCCCAAAGACUUUAAUAGGUAGUGAUAACUUUAUUAAAAAAAACACAGUCACUAACUGGACUUAAGAGAUGUAUUCAAAGAGUGUUUGUAAAUAAACUCUUUUCAAAUAUA